UUUUGCGCAGGUAAACGAGUCCCUCAACAUUAUUUAUUUUUUUGUUAUUAAUAAUGUCAAAAUCCUUAACGAAUUAUAUAUUAAAUACAAAAUACAUCGCUAUAGCGAACAUCCAUUAUUGGAAUAAAGACUCAAGUUUCGAUAUUUUUCAAUUUUUUUCAAUUAACAAAAUGGUCAUUAGUGGUAACAGAAAGGUUUUCCUUACAAAUUGUACCUGUCCCAUGUAGCAUUCCGUUACAAUAAACAUCAUAUAAAUGCAUUUUCUACUAUAGUAACCCUCUUAAUAUAAAUUAUAAUCGUAAACAGAGUAUUAUAAAUAUUCAAUAAAAUAUGUUUUAAAAUCAGUCAGUAUUAAAAUUUAGUUUUUAAAUAAUUUUCUAAACUUUGUCCCACGUACUAUCUGGAACCGGCUGGUUCACUAUGUUACUAACUAAUUCACGACUCAAAAUGAAGAUGGCGCUGUUUUGGACACUGUUUUAUUUUGGGCGAAAUGUCUGCAUUCGUCGUGGGAGUUCGUUAGGUUGGGGGGAGGGGUAUGUCGCUCGACAGUCGACCGCAAGGUGUUGAACGUGCUGCGUGUUUAAAUUGCCCGUCCACCUUGUUACCUACCUAUUCACGAUAUUAUGCGUUGUUUGCGUUAUUAAAAUGCCUCUUACGCCUGCUGAGAAGCAGCGACGAUACCGGGAACGCCGUAGAAAUAAUCAAGAGAAGGAAGAAGAAACCAAAAGAAAAGAUAGAGAAAGAUACCAUGCAAACAAACGCUUAGUACGUGAUUUAACAACACGUGAACAUCGAGCAAUAAAAAAGAAAUGGCGAUGUGCGAAUGCCAGACGAAGAGAUAAAGCCAAAGCUCUCAGUAUGAUUAUGCACACUCCAGAGUCAUCACCCCCUCGUUCAAAUAGUCCACCUCGGCUGUCUACUUCUCGUGAAAGCACUCCUAACUCUACAUCAGCAGCGGUACGCGGCAGGAAGCAAAUAAAAAGAAACAGAUCAAAGCUAUUUAGAGAUAAUAUGAAAUUAAAGGAACAAUUAGAGACAGUAAACAAGAGACACGAAAAGUACAAAAAACGAUACAACAGAGAAAAACAAAAACGAUUUCAAAAUGAAGACGGCAAUCGAUGUAAUCAACAGAAAUAUCAGAUUUUAUCAAAUGCUAUUAAAAAACGCUAUAAAAAUGUAAAAACCCGGAAGGAAAAAGUUGCUAUUCAAAAAAUAUUUGAAGAGAAGACCGUUAAAGGUUCUAGGCAGAAAACACAAAUUAUAAAAGAAUGUCUUGCUGUGGACCAGGGUUACGUAAGAAAACAACAACCUCUUUUUAAAGUAAAGAUUUUAAGUACUAAAAUCAAGGAAUUUUUCGAACGUGACGACAUAUCAAGGGCAACUGCUGGAAAAAAGGAAGCCGUGUCUCUAAAGAAAGAUAAAAUGCAGAAGCGCUACUUACUCGAUAAUAUGAAGAACCUUUAUGUAUCUUUUAAGCAGGAAAAUCCUGCCUUGAGAUGCAGUUACAAAACUUUUACACGUUACAGACCAUUUUUUGUUGUGCCUCCUACUGUCGCUGCAAGAGAAACAUGCUUGUGUCGAAUUCAUACUAAUAUCCAAUACUUAGCAUUUGCUUUGUGCAAAAACAAAGUUAUUCCAACAUCAGAUCUUAAUAAGAUUAUUGUAGACCAAGUAUGCAAUCCAGAUUCAUUAGCAUGUAUGACAGGAAUCUGUUCCGUAUGCCUAUCAAAAACAACUAAUUUUGAUACGUCAAAAGACGAAAUCAUAGUAAGAUAUUCUCAAUGGAUAAGUAAAACUGAAGUGAUAGAGAAGGCAGGAAAGAAAAUCAAAGUUACAAAAAACGUUAAAGAGGAAACAGAAAGUACGGGAAAGGCACUGAUGGAAAAGUUUGAAAUUACACUAGAGGAAUUUAAAAGGCAUAUUUAUUACAUCAAGACACAGUACAGAAACUACAGAAAAUGCAUAGAUGAGUUGACCACUAAUGAAAUUGCACUGCACAUUGACUUCAGUGAAAAUUACAGCUGCAAAUGUUUUGAAGAGGUACAAUCUCAUCAUUUUGGUGGUUCCCGAAAUCAAGUGUCCUUGCACACUGGAGUGAUCUACAGUCGUUGUUCAGACCAUAAAAUAGAUGUAUAAUCGUUUUGUACCGUGUCUGGAAAUCUUUCACACAAUCCAGCUGCAAUAUGGGCUCACCUCCAUCCCAUCUUUGCUUCAAUUCAAGAGAAAUUUCCGGAAGUAAAUGUCCUGCAUGUAUUUUCAGACGGCCCCGCCACUCAAUACCGCCAAAAACAGAAUUUUUAUCUGAUAUGUACAAAGUUAUUCUCUAACUACCAGUUUAUCAAAGUAACAUGGAAUUUUUUCGAGGCGGGCCAUGGCAAGGGUGCAGCAGACGGGAUCGGUGGUUUUUUAAAACGGGCUGCAGACCAACUUGUUGCACAUGGAAGUGAUAUACCUGAUGCCACAAAAUUCUAUCUUGCUUUGAAAGAUGUGAGUAAAGUGAGGAUACAUCUGAUAACAAAUGAGGAUAUUGAACACAGUUCAACACAGAUCCCGGACAGUAUCGUGCCAUUAUUAGGUACAAUGAAAGUUCAUCAAGUUUUCUCUGAGGAGCCUGGAGUUCUAAAGUAUAGAAAUUUGAGUUGUUUUUGUCAGCGCGGCUUUUGCACUUGUAUGAAUCCUAAGAAUUACUUUCCAUUGAAAACUGCAGUAGAACAGUCAACUCCCUCCAAUUGCGAUAAAAAUAUGCUGUCCGAUAUAAGCAACCUUUAUCAAAAGCGA